AUGGCGGAAACAGACCGGGAGUUUUUUGACAGGUCGGGACUCGCCGCUACAAUCGCCAGAAAUGUCUCCAAUCUUGAGGUUCUACUCAACAUGGGGUUUCCCAAGGAGAGGGCGGAGAAGGCUCUAGCAGCUACAGGGGACAGGAGUGUCCAGCUGGCAUCUGAUUGGAUCUUUGCCCAUGUUGAUGACAGUAGCCUGGAUGAAGACCUCCCGCGGGAGUACGUGCUGUUCGCCUGUCCGACGGGGCCGCUAGUCAGCCAGCUGGAGGACUACUCGGAGAAAACCCUGGUGCAGUGUGGGAGGAACGGAUCGCACAACUCCUUCCCUCAUGUCACACUCUGUUCCUUUUUCUCGGUCCCAGACUCUGUAGUCCCAAAGGUGGUACAUGCCGUGUUAACUGUGGCAGGCAGGGUGAGGGGCAGGGAGGUCCCAGACAAGGUCACGCUGGACUUCUACUCCUCCGGCAGUUUUGUGGGUCUGUUUGUGGACGACAGAAGUGCAGCUUUCCUCAGGACUGUCAGUCAGGAGUUUGCCAACGAAGUCUUAAAGACAACAGGAAUAGAGGUGAAGGCCCACAAGAAGCAGCUGCACAUCACCCUGGCCUACCAGUUCAACCCCAGUCAACAGCACAGACUGGAAGAGCUGGCCAGGGACAUGGACACCUCCAUGCCUGCACAGUGGGACCUCAGGCUGUACUCUAGGGACACCAGGAGGGCUAAGUCUGAUGUGCUGAGGGUGGUCCAUCCUCUACAACCCACUAACGAUGAUGAACUGGAACUGGUCAAAGGAGACUACAUCUACCUGGAGCCUGAUGAGUUGGUGAGCAGCAGUGAUGGCUGGCUCAGGGGCGUGUCCUGGCUCACAGGGUGUACAGGACUCUUCCCAGGGAACUACACCGAAAAAACAGCCGAGACUGACACAUGGACACUGCACAGAUGUGUUCCUGUUAUUUCCCCCCGUGGAUCGUCAUCAGCCACCAGGGCCUCCGCCCCGCCCAUGUCCCCCACCCAGGUGCCUCCCCUGCCCAGGGAACCUUCCCCCAACCCUGGUGUCAGGGUACCCCUGCCAAGGGAACCUUCCCCCACCCUAGCUGCUAGAGUACCCGUACCUGACAGGAGAAAUGGUCCAGCCAGACCGCCCCCAGAAGAGUUGUAUUCCCAGGUGCAGAAGUCCAGACCUGUCAGUACCGGUCAGGUCCCCCCGGUACCGGCCACACCUCGGCAGCUCUACAUCCUCCGUCACGGGGAGAGGGUCGAUGUCGUGUUCGGGAAGAGAUGGAUGAACUCCUCUUUUGUCAACGGUGACUAUGUUCCACACGACCUGAACCUUCCCAGAAAGCUGCCCUGCAGAGAAGGCAGCCCGCUGAGUUUUGCGGAGGACAGCCCUCUCACAGAGAUGGGGUGGUUCCAGGCACGACUUACAGGUGAGGCCAUGAGGAGGACAGGUGUACACAUCAGCCAGGUGUACUCCUCCCCAUCCCUCAGGUGUGUGCAGACAGCUGAUGCCAUACUGGAUGCUCUAGGGCUCAGGCCAUCCAUGAAGAUCCGAGUCGAGCCCGGUCUGUUUGAGUGGCUCCACUUCUACAAAACCAGCGGGCUUCCAAAGUUUAUGACCAUGAAGGAGUUUGUAGACUUUGGUCUGAACGUUGAUCCCGCCUACCACCCCACUGUUAAAGUGUCCGACUGGUCUUGGACCGAAGGUAUCGAGCAGUACUACAAGCGAAACCACUCUGUUGUCCAGUCGAUCCUGGGAUCAACAGAGAGUAACGUUCUGAUCUGCGCCCACGCCGGCUCGCUGGACGGCUGUUCACGACACCUGCAGGGGCUCGCCGCACGGACGCAGCGCGACGCCGUCAAACUUAUGGUGAAGAUCCCGUACUGCGGCAUGGCGGCGUUUCAGGAGGUGAGGGAGGCGGGGAUCUGGGACCAGAUGGAGCCCCCCAUCCCCACCCUCACACACUCACCCAACCACAAGUUUGACUGGAGAGUGCUGCAGUCAUGAAGCCCCCCAUCCCCACCCUCACACACUCACCCAACCACAAGUUUGACUGGAGGGUCCUGCAGUCAUGAAGUCAGGUGCUAGGGGGCACUAUUCAUACAUCAGUCUGUGUGGCUAAGGUAAAUAAAUAAUAAAAUCUUCCCUAACCCCACCCAUCUCUUUAUGUCUAAACAUAUGCACAUAGUAUACAGGCUUUUAAUUAAAGCAUAAGAAUGCAAAUAUUCACAGAUGUGCAGUUGCUAUUUCAUUGGUCAAAUUGCCACGUUUUUUAUUGGUUGAACUGUGAUGGACAGUCAGGAUUGGUCCAUUUAGCCACCAUUUCCAACAGCUGCCC